AUGGGUGCACAACAGUCGUCGUUUGUUGUGGAAAUCGCCGCACCGCGCUACGGGAAAUUUCAGGUGAUUUUUUUUUUAAUUUUCGGCUUUUCUUGAAGGGUGACUUCAUUUACAGAGGUGCGAGUCGGUUCGCAGAGUCGCUCUAGUGAUUUCGGCGACCUGCACUGUGCGAAAACAAAAGUUCACCUUGCACUGUGCAGUUUCCCGCUUUCUGCACCGUGCAAUAGACUUUUUUGGGAUGUCGCUUGCGCCCUGGCUCUCCCUGCACAGUGCAAAUCGCUCGAGUGAUUUCUGCGACAAUGCACUGUGCGAAAACAUACGUUUUUUUUUGCUGCACAGUGCAAUUUCUUGCAUGGUGCAAAAAUGACCCCAGCGACUUUGCGAUCCCGCACGGUGCAAAUUUUUUAUUUUUCGCACCGUACACUCAAAAAUCUGCACAGUGCAAUGAAAUUUUUUUCGGACAGUGCAAAUUUUAAAAUUUUUACCGCUCUGUGCAACUUAUUUGUAGAGCUUUGCAGGCUUGAAAUACGAGGAAAAAAAUAAUCCAAAAAAUUUUUAAAAAAAUAGGCCACUUUUUUUGUUAUUCGUCCGAUUCUCACAGUAAUUCGCUAUGAACAUCGUAUGUUUUCGUACGCGAGACAAGGAUUUCCGAGCUUGCAUAUCCGACCCGAAGAAUACGUAUUUCGAAAUCAAAAAAGAUAGAUGAUGACUAAAAAAGAUCAUUCAUAGGGCAAAUUACAUGAAAUUUCAUAUAAAAUUUAUUUCAGAGAUAAAAAUUAUAUUUAUGGCAAAAAAUUUCAUAUAUUAUAUAAUACAAAAAUCCUCUAAAAUAAUCAAAAUUUUGCCUUCAGAGCCUCCCACAGAAGGAUCCGGACGACGAAAAUGCUCAAUGGAGGAUCACGGUGAAUCCGGCCAGCGAAUUGGGGAACACGGAUACCCUGCGCAACCUGAUCAACAAGCUAUAUCACAUCCAAAAGCUCCUGAAUCCCUCGGAUGUCAGGCAAAUUUUAACGGCAUUGAAGUUUCUGGACUCGGGACAAGAAUUGAUGCUCCCAUUGCUCACUGUGAUCAGCAACUCCACCGCCUAUCCCUCGAAUCAGGUGAGAGUUUGUUUGCACUGUGCGAGGACAUGUUUCAUCGUAUAAAGUGUCACUUUUUUUCACUGUGCAACCGAGACUAGAGUUUGUUUGCACUGUGCGAGAACAUGUUUCAUCGUAUAAAAUGUCGCUUUAUCGCACUGUGCAACCGAAAUUAGUGUUUUUUUUUGCACUGUGCGAGACUUCAAGCUUUUUUGCCGCACAGUGCAAUCAAAAAAAUUUUUUUUUCGAAAUUUUCGUUGCACAGUGCGAAAAAAAUCUGCACCGUGCAGUGGAAAAUCAAAAAUUUCGCACUGUGCAAAAUUUCUAAACUUUUUCUGCACGGUGCAAAAAUGGGAAAACAUGCACAGUGCAGAUCAAAAAAAUAUUUUUUUGCACUGUGCAACCGAAAUUGGAUCUUUUGCACUGUGCGAGACGGCAAGUCUUUUUGUCGCAAAGUGCAGUCAAAAUUUUUGUUUUGAAAUUUUCAUUGCACAGUGCGAAAAUCAAAAUGCAAAGUUUGGAAAAGAGUUUGCACAGUGCGAAAAGUUAUUUUUUAUUUGCACUGUGCGGUAAAAAAUAAAGAUUGCACAGUGCGGGAAAAAUAUAAAACUGAUUGCACUGUGCAUUUUUUCACAUUUUUGCACCGUUCACAAAAGUUUGGAGAUUUUGCACAGUGCGAAAUGUAUGACUUUCGACUGCACGGUGCAGAUUUUUUCGCACUGUGCAAUGAGGCUUUCAAAAAAAAUUUUUUUGAUUGCACUGUGCGGUAAAAAAGCUUGAAGUCUCGCACAGUGCAAAAAAUCUAAUUUCGGUCGCACAGUGCGAUAAAGUGACAUUUUAUACGAUGAAACAUGUUUUUCAAAUUUUUAUUUUUAAAAUACGGUAGUUUGAAAAUUUUGCAGUUUAUCGCAUUUUUAAGGAAAAUUUAAGACCAUUUUUUUAAGAAAAAAAUGCUUCUUUGUGCCAGCUUUUUUUCAAAACCAGCAAAGUCGUCAUAUACAGGGUGACCCAAAAUAACGGAGACAAAAAAUUUCUCGUUUUUUCUGCGACUUAUUAAGAUUCGUGAGUGACUCCUUAUUUAUACUACAGUACCACGUUAGGGGAGUUUUAUAUACCGGAAGUUUUCUUGUACGACGCUCUUUUGCCUUGAACGACAUCAAUAUAUCCGGUUGACUCGGACCCUUCUGCCCGUGGGGUCUUUUUACAAUAAAGCUGCCUUACUCAAAAAAGAAAACUCGGAAGAGGUUGAGAUUUGCUGUAAUUAAUUAUCAUAAUAAGGCCUUUAAAAUGAGCUAUCGUGCUCAGCUUAACUAUCGAUGGUUCAAAAGUUACAGCCGAGUAUUUUCAGGCAGUUGAAGUGCAAAAAUCGGCCUUUUUUGAAAAUGUAAGCGUAAGAAGGAGUUUGAGUGUUAGAUAAGGCAAAAUGAAAUAUGAGUUACUAGAACAUGAUUAAAGGAACACCAUAAAAGCAAAAGAGAAACAUUUUGUAACUGCCACGGAAUUCCAUUUGGUAAUCACUAGAAUUCUGCCUUAUUCUUGCCUUAGGCGAAAUACCGGUCAAGCCGGUGACACAUAAAGACCGAAAGUGCCCUAGGCUGAUUCUCAAGAGUCGUAUUCAUAAGUGUGCAGGAGCAUAAUGCACCAUUUUUAUCUAUCAUGUCAUUCUGUUAUCGAUAACCCAUCUUUCUCAAAGCCGCGUGCCAUGGGGAGGUUCUGGGCGAGAAACUUGUUAAGGAAAAGCUGUUGCAACCAGUAAGCAAUACCAGCUUUUUUCAGAAUCAUUGUAUUAAUGAAUAAAACACGUACUAGCGGUUUUAGCUUUAUUCGAAAAAAACUGAAUUUUUUAUAGAAAAAACUUGGAAAAAAUGGCAAUCUUGAAUGUUGAGAUUGGUACCACCGUAGAAAUAAAAACCGUAGCCCAAAAACCUACGCAACUGCUUUCUUAGGGGCAUAGUAGUCUAACAAAACAAAUGAACUUGCCAUUUCUGCAACUGUAGUACAGCCAGGCUCUACGCAAAACACGGGAACCAAACUUGAAGGCCAAAAAACGGCGCAAGGCAUCUUUGCUAAGCUGUAACUUUUUUCUGCGUCAGGAUGAUUCCACCAAAUUUUCGUGGAUUACAGAGGAGGUGUUAUAGAAUAUUACCCGUUGUCGCUUAUGUUUCUCUGACCCCCGGUUUUCGCGGUGGGACCUUUAAAAAUUUGUCUCCGCUAUUUUGGGUCACCCUGUAUAAUAUAAAAAAUUCAAUUUUUUGUUUCAUAAAUAUUCAAACACCCCUUCAAAAUUUUUACAAUUCAUUUCCAGAGUCUUCUACGUCAAUUCGGCGUCACCAAGCGGAUCGUCGACUUGUUUACGGAGCGCCAAUUCGAGUGGUCCAAGAGUUGUCGGAUCAUGUUGCUCCAAUGCAUCGCCAACAUGGCCGUGGACCACGAAAACGAGAUGAUGCUGAGGAAGGCGAUCCCCGCCAUCGUGCGACGGACCGAAAGCACGGUGGACAUGGAAUGUGUGGUGGCAUUGCAGGUGAGUUUUAGCUGAUGAUAGGGUAAUAUAAAAAAAGUUGGAUUUUUGACAUUUUUUUAAAAAUAAUAUAUCAAUAAAGGUAUGUAGAGGGGUUAUAAAGUCAUAACAGUUCUAUUUUUUGCUUUUUUUUCUAUUCCGAAUUCAAAAUCACCAAUUUUCGGUGAUUUUUUUUAUUGCACUGUGCAAAAAAUAAAAAUGUCGAUUGCACUGUGCAACAUUGGUUUUUUGAAAAAAAAAUUUUUGAUAAUAUCUGAAAGUGCUUCUGUAACGCAACCAUAAAAGUGCCAUCACGUAUUUUAACCCACAACCCUUUGAAAAUUCAAAUUUAAAUUUUGCACUGUGCGAAAAUUUAAAACUUGAUUUUUCCCUUUGGAUUUCGAAAUUUUACAAAAUGUAAUGUCUUGUGGUUUCUCUACAGCUGUUGUUGACAGGUUGUGAAAAUUUGGAAAUUUUUUCUCACGGAAGCUCCGAGAAAAUCACAUUUUUUUCGACCGCACAGUGCGAAAAUUUAAGACUGGGAUUGCACAGUGCGGAUGAAAAGAUUUUGCACAGUGCGAUUUUUAUUGUUCUUAUUGAGAUGUCGCAAGCAAGAAAAAAAAUUUUUUGAACGAUUUUUUCUUCGAAUUUUCCGAAAAAUUCAAUUUUUUAGGCUGCACUGUGCAAAGUUUGACAAACAAAAAACUAAAAAAUCUUUGAUCAAAUUUUUUAAUCAAAAUUUUUUCAGGCCCUAACCAAUCUAUCAUCGUCGAUAACGCCGGAACAAGUCAAUCUCUACGUCCCUUGCAUUCCGCAUGCGCUGAAUAAACUCUGGGUGAAAGGGGAGGUCAAUCUUCAUUCGCUGAAAUUGCUGGUCAACCUCGCUUGCUGUCCCGACUUGGUACCCUAUAUUUUGGCGUCCAAAGUGAGUUUUUUGAUUUUUUUUUUUUUUUUUUUUUUUGAAAAAUUUUUGCACUGUGCGCAAAAUUACUUUUGGGUGCACGGUGGAAAAUAAUAGAAAAUUCUGCACUGUGCAAAACAAAAAUUUUUCGCACUGUGCAAAAAUAAAAUGUUUUUUGCACAGUGCAGAAAAAGUUUUUGAGUGCACGGUGCGAAACGAUCAAAAAUUUUGCACUGUGCAGAAAUUGUUUCUGCACUUUUGUCUUUGCACAGUGCAGAAUUUUGUAUUUUGCACUGUACAUCUAAAAAAUUUUCUGCACUGUGCAUCUAAAAAAUGUUUCUGCACUGUGCGAAAAAAAAAUUUUUUGCACAGUGCAGAAAAUUUUUUUGAGUGCACGGUGCGAAACGAUCGAAAAUUUUGCACUGUGCAGAAAUUGUUUUUGCCUUUUCGUUUUUGCACAGUGCAGAAUUUUUUAUUAUUUUGCACCGUGCUUCUAAAAAAUUUUUCAAUUUUCUGCACUGUGCAAAAAUAAAUGUUUUUUCGCACUGUGCAAGAAAAAAAUUUUUUUGGUACACGGUGCAAAAUGAUAGAAAAUUUUGCACGGUGCAAAAAAAUAAAAAAAAUUUUUUUUUUUUUAUUCUUUUGCACCGUGCAUCUAAAGCAAUUUUUGCACAGUGCGAAAAUGAUUCCCGCACGGUGCAAAAACAAUUUCUGCACAGUGCAAAAAAUUUUUUUUCGCACAGUGCAGAAAAAGUUUGUGGGUGCACAGUGCAAAAUAAUCGGAAAUUUUGCACUGUGCACAACAAAAACUUUUUUUUACUAAAAAUUUUUUUCAGACAGUAACCGGUCUACUGACAAUUUUGGACGCCGACAAGCCGGAUGUCCUGCUUCGAGCCGUCACCUGGCUGCUUUGCAUGAGCACCGCAGUCGAGGCACUCUCAAUAACUUAUGAUCAAAUUGCGCCACUGAAUCAGGAUCCUUUUGGCAACCCAAAUUACACAUUAUACCAUACGUUAUACGGAUUUAGAGUGAGUUUUCAAAAAAAAUCAAAAAAUUUUUUUAAUUUUUUUUUUUUUUUUUUUUUGAAAAAAUUUUAAAAAUACCUCAUUUUCAGGGGAAACGCGAGCUCUCCGACCGCUGCCGAACCUUGCGCGACCACAAAAGCAAGGAAAUUUCGGACAAAGCGGAGCGACUCUUGGAGACACUCGGCAAAAUUCAGCAAAUGAGAGAGUCUAUGUACUCGUUGGACAAGGUCCUGCAAUAA